AACAGUCUUCAGUUCCAAUAUGUCUGGAAGAGGCAAAGGAGGAAAAGGUCUUGGAAAGGGAGGCGCUAAGCGUCACCGUAAAGUUCUUCGUGAUAACAUCCAGGGAAUCACCAAGCCCGCUAUCCGCCGCCUGGCUCGCCGUGGCGGUGUGAAGCGAAUCUCUGGUCUGAUCUACGAGGAGACUCGUGGUGUGCUGAAGGUCUUUCUGGAGAACGUGAUCCGUGAUGCUGUCACCUACACCGAACACGCCAAGAGAAAGACUGUCACCGCCAUGGAUGUGGUCUACGCUCUGAAACGCCAGGGUCGUACUCUGUACGGCUUCGGCGGUUAAACCUGAAUUCCUCCCUCUGA